GUGUGUGUCAGUCCUUCCGUGCUUCACCGCUGAAGGAGGAGAGACAUCUUGUCUUCUGAGCAGCAGACUGAAUUAAACCUUCACCACCAUGGUUGAGCAGUUUGUUGGAAACUGGAAGUUGAGCGACAGCGACAACUUCGAUGAAUACAUGAAGGCAAUCGGUGUUGGUUUCGCCACUCGGCAAAUGGGAAACAUGGCAAAGCCUAACCUGCUGAUCAGUGUGGAUGAUGACGGAGUUAUUACACUGAAGUCUCAGUCCACUUUCAAGACCACAGAGGCCAAGUUUAAGCUCAACGAGGAGUUUGAUGAGACUACUGCAGAUGACCGAAAGACAAAGACAACGGUCACACUUGAGAAUGGCAAACUUGUGCAAAAACAGACAUGGGACGGAAAGACAACAACAGUGGAGAGAGAGAUUCAAGAUGGAAAGCUAAUGGCUAAAUGUGUCAUGGAUGACGUGGUUGCAUUAAGAACCUAUGUGAAGGAGGCCUAAACCUCUUUGAGAUCAUCGUUAGUCAUCCUGCACUGUUGUUUGUUCCAGUAACAAGACUCCAAAAUGCACUGAACUGUUGCCAAACAUGCCAAUAAAAUGUAAACUGAA